GUGCACUGUUGGAGAAAUAACAGAUGCAAUGAAGAAAGUGUUUGGGGAGCAUAAAGCCAGUGACCGAAUGGUGAGCGGAGCUUAUCGCCAGGAGUUUGGAGAGAGUGAUGAAAUCCUUCAUGCCAUCAAAAGAGUUAACAAGUUCAUGGAUCGUGAGGGGCGCAGGCCUCGUAUACUUGUUGCAAAGAUGGGUCAAGAUGGCCAUGACAGAGGAGCUAAAGUUAUUGCUACAGGAUUUGCAGACAUUGGCUUUGACGUGGACAUAGGUCCCCUCUUCCAGACACCUCGAGAAGUGGCCCAGCAGGCGGUUGAUGCAGAUGUGCACUGUGUUGGUGUGAGCACACUUGCAGCCGGUCAUAAAACUCUUGUGCCUGAACUCAUCAAAGAACUCAGCGCCCUUGACCGGCCAGACAUUCUUGUCAUGUGUGGGGGUGUCAUCCCACCUCAGGAUUAUGACUUCCUGUACGAAGCCGGUGUUACCAAUGUGUUUGGUCCAGGGACUCGUAUUCCAAAAGCAGCUGUCCAAGUGUUGGAUGAAAUUGAGAAGUGCCUAGAGAAGAGGCAGCAAUCCAUGUAACGCUGAGAUGUCACACAACGGAACCAGCCUCAUACUAAUUGCUUACAGGAUGUAAUCAUCGGCAAGGGACGGCCAGCCACAUACCUUUGGUUCCACUGCCCUGUGGCCUGGUGUUUUGUGCUUUCUGAGAAAGUUGUAAAUUCUCUGCUUGUUCUACUUGAGGAUUAUUUAUCUAUGUACCCACAAGAAAAUUUUAUCUCUAGAACUAUGGCUUCAGGGAAUU